AUGAAUGACGACCAAUCGUCAUCAUCAUCUUUAGACUUAGCAACAUCUGACAAUAAGGAACCUGUAUUAAAAACAGACGAUGUCUUAGUGAUUUGGUAUGAUGCAAUCAUUGAUUCGAUAACAGACCGCAAGCUAUUUAACGACGAAUUGAAUGCUUGUAUCAAUUAUUUUACCGAUCAUCAGUCAUGUCUCGACUAUGUACAAUCAAUGCAAAAAAGUACUAUUUUUUUUAUUACAUCCGUCUACUGUGCACGUAACAUUAUACCUAGUAUUCAUAAGCUUCGGCAGAUUGAUUCCAUUUUUAUUACUUCUGUUUCUGAUGAAACAAUAGAAGAUCUAUUAAGGAAUUAUUCGAAGAUAAUUGGAUUUUUCCACGAUAAUAAAAUAUUGACUGAUGCAGUACAGGAGAAUAUUGAAUUAGCACAAAAACAAAAGUUGACAUUUUCAUUUUAUAAUCAACAUCAAAAGUCGACUCGUGAUCUAUCGAAGGAAUCAGCAUUAUUUCUCUGGUUUCAAUUAUUUAAAGAUGUUAUUCUGAAUAUGUCCAGUGAUGAUCUUCAUGCUAAGCAGGAUAUGAUUGUAUUAUUGCGACAACGCUAUCACAACAAUAACAAACAACUGAAAUUUAUUGCGGAGUUUGAGGAAAAGUAUCAUUGCAACGAGGCGAUUCGUUGGUACACGGGUCAACCAUUUCUAUACAAAAAUUUGAACAAUGCUUUGCGUACGGAAGAUAUUGAACAAUUAUAUAUAUUUCGUUUCUUUAUUUCUGAUUUGUGUAAAAGUCUACUACGUGAAUUUCAAGUUAUCAAAGACUGGGAACCUGUUCUAACCCUUUACCGAGGAACUCGGAUAUUGAUUUCUGAAUAUGAAAAACUAAAACAGAAUGUGGGACAAUUAAUGUCGAUGAAUGGAUUUUUGUCCACAAGUCUUUCGAAAGAAGUUGCUACUACAUUUGCUGGUCAAUCAAGUGAUACAAAGCAAUCGAUUCUCAUCGAGAUUGAAUGUGAUUUCCGAAAAGUAGAAACAACGAUUUUGGCUCAGGUGACUGAAUUCAGUACAAAUCCUUAUGAACAAGAAGUUUUAAUCGAUAUUGGUGCAGUUUUCGAAAUUUUGUCUGUUGGUCAAAUAGAUUCAGAAACAAAUUUAUUGUUAGUCAAAAUGAAGGCAACUGAUGAGGGAGCUAAAAUUGCAAAUGAAUAUAUUCAGAUAAAUCGGGAAGAACUCAAAGUACAAACUGUAUCAAUUAUAUGGGGAGACCUGCUCAUGAAGAUGGGUCACUAUGAUAGAGCCUUACAGUAUUUUAUAAAGCUACAAGCUUCCGAUAAAACUAUCGAAGAUUGGAAAUUGCAACUGCAUAUUGGUCAUGUACUACGUGAAAAAGGUGAACUUGAUGAAGCUCUUUCCCGGUAUAUGUACGCGAAUGAACUCAUUAAGAAUCAAAAAGAAAAGCAACCUGCUCAAUGGCUCUGUAUUUCGAUAUUAUAUGACAUUGGCAUCGUUCAACGAUUGAAAGGGUUUUAUGACCAAGCUCUGAACUAUUUCUUUCAAUUUCUUGAAUUUUUUGAAACUGAAUCAACUGUAGAAAGUGACACUAUUCGUAAGCAAGAUUUAGCUGCUUGCUUAUCGAGUAUUGGCAACUGUUAUUAUAAUAUGGGCGAAUACAAUCAAGCAAUGACAUUUUAUACACAUGCUCUUCAUGAGAAAGAAAACUAUUAUUCAUAUAAUCAUGUUGAUAUUGCAAAAGAUUUAAAUCAUCUCGGUAUUAUCUGCAAACGUCAAGGUGAAUAUGAACAUUCAAUGAAGUAUUUUUCGAAAGCAUUAGAAAUAUUUGAAAAAAGUCUACCAUCGGAGCAUCACGAUAUAGCCACUACAUUGAUGAAUAUUGCCGAUGUUCACGAUGAACAAGGAGAGAAAAAAGAAGCAUUACAUUAUCUCAUGCAAGCACUUAAUAUUCAAAGAAAAGCGUUUCCAAAUGGUCAUCUCGAGAUGGCACUUUGUCUUAAUAAUAUCGCUGCCAUUUAUGCUACGACUGGAGAGCUAGAAAAAUCUCUAGAACACAGUCAACUUUCUCUUGACCUCAAACGAAUAUAUCUUAGAUCAGAUCAUCACGAUAUUGCUAUUGGUCUUGCAAAUCAUGGUAAUAUUCUGAAACAACAAGACAAAAAUGAUGAAGCAUUUGAAUAUUACAUGAAAGCGUUGCCAAUUUAUGAAAAGAAUUUUCCUGAUGGACAUCCUGAUAGUGCAAAUCUCAUGUACAACAUUGGUUCGAUCUAUCAUGCAAAAGGAGAAUAUGAAAAUGCAUUGAAUUACUAUGAAAAAGCUCGAACAAUUCAAGCUCGACAUUUUCCCUCCGGUCAUCCCAAUUUAGCUCUCACCUUAAGUUGUGUUGCGCAAGUUUAUCAAUCGAAAAGUGAACUAUCCAUUGCUUCUGAAUGCUACAAAGAAUGUAUAAACAUACUGGAAAAGUAUUCGACUUCUAAUGAUCCAAUGAUGACCAAUACAUGGAUGGCACUGGCCAGUAUUUUGAUGAUGCAAGGCAAUUUGAUAGAAGCUAUGGGCUACUAUAUGAAAGCCUUCUUGAUCGAAAAUGAUCAAAUAGAACACGCUGCUUCAGAGAUUAGCUACAAUUUGCAGCUAAUUGCCUUGGUAAGUGAUGCACGAGGACAGACAGAAAUGGCUCGAGAUUAUUGUGAAAAGGCGCUUGUGAUUCUUCAAAAAUAUGAUUCAGACAAUCGAAUUAGUAUUAUUCAAUGCCUUCUUAACAUCAGCGAAGUUUGUGAAAAACUAACCAAAUAUGAUGAUGCGCUAAGUUCUGCUUUACAAGCACUUGAAAUUCAAUUCUUGAUGAAUCCGAAUAGCAGUUCAGCAAUAAUUACUAAUCAAAACAAUAUUGGUUUUCUCUAUACGCUAAAAAAGGAUUACACUACUGCCCUCACAUACUAUCUAAAAUCAGUAGAGGGUUACGAAAAGCUGUUAACCGACAAAAACCACCAAGCAUUGGCAGCAACAUUCGAUAAUAUUGCUUGCUGUUAUGAAAAUCUCCGCAACUAUAAUCUUGCUAUUCAAUACUAUGGAAAAUCGUUAGCUAUUUACAAAACUAUAAUGGAUAAGAUCGGUAUUUCUGUUGAAGAAUUGCAGAACCUGAAAAAAACAAUUGAUGAUAUUGAUGCUCAUUGCACUGAAUUAUUGUUGAAAUAA